AUGGAGUCAGAUCCUUUGGUGGCUCCCCUGGACCGGAGCUGGUGCGCAAACCCGGACUUCAGCGCCUCUCAGGAGAGGCCUCACAGAACCCGGAUAGGCUCCUACUCCACCACUGCAUCCUCUGGAGGGGGGCCCUUGGAGUAUGGGGGGCCCCUGGGCAGGAAUGGUGAGAUCUGCACUGCUGGGGGGGUCAUUCAUAUUAAGUAUCGCUCCAUAGACCAUCGUGUUGACCAGAAUUCUCUGCAGCUGUAUCGAUGGUAUUAUUCUAAUCUGUGCCAGUGGAUCCUGAAUGUGACCAUAUUUGUGAAUCUGGCUCUUGCCUUUAUUGAGAAACCCUCAUCCCUAACUGUGUCAUCAGACGUGCGAUACCGCAAAGCAGCCUGGGAACCACCCUGUGGACUGACGGAAAGCUUGGAAUUUGUGACCUUCCUCGUAUUUAUCACCGACCUUUCUGUAAAGAGUUAUCUAAUUGGCUGGAAUGAGUUUAUAAAGAACAAGUGGCUGCUGUGUUACAUCCUGGCACUCUCGGUUUCCGUCACAGAUUGGACAGUAUCUAUGUGCUUCAUGUGCAGAGAGGGAGUGAGAAUUAGAAGACUACUGCGGCCUUUCUUCCUUCUCCAGAACUCAUCCCUCAUGAAAAAGACUCUGAAGUGCAUUAAGAGAACACUACCAGAGAUGGGAAGUGUGAUGCUGCUGCUGGCUUUACAUCUCUGCCUGUUUACUAUGUUUGGUAUGCUGCUGUUUGCUCAUGCAAAGGAUUCUAAAGUGGACGUAGAGUGGCUGAGAUAUUUCCGCAAUCUACCGGACUCGCUCACUUCACUCCUGGUGCUGCUGACAACCGCCAAUAAUCCAGACGUGAUGCUUCCAGCCUAUUCCUACAACAGAGCCUACUCCCUGUUCUUCAUCUUCUUCACAGUUAUAGGCAGUCUUAUUUUGAUGAACUUGCUGACGGCCAUUAUCUAUAAUCAGUUCCGCGGCUAUUUAUUGAAAUCUGUUCAGGCCUCCCUUCUUAGACGGCGUUUAGGAAUUCGAGCUGCUUUUGAAGUCCUUUCCUCCCACAGAGAAGUCACAUCGUGCAAUUGUGACCAGGCAGCCUGUGUUGACUGUGAAACCUUCAUUAACGUCUUAGAGGAAGUCAAAAUGGACACCUACUGCAAAAUAGCAAUCAUCGAGCAAGCAAGAUGCAUCUCCAGUGGUGUCAUCUCUGCAGAGCUGUUUCAGAAACUAUUUGAUGAGCUCGAUAAGGAUCCCAUCAGACAGCACCCGCCCCAGCCUGUGUACCAGUCUAGAUUCUUGCAGAUUUUGCAGAUCAUUGGAAGCCAUCGGUACUUUGACUAUCUGGGGAACUUUGUGGCUUUGGCCAAUCUCAUUUCUAUCUGUGUUGUUUUGAUGGUCGAUGCAGAGAAAGCUGGGAGCGAACGUGACGACUUCUCUUUAGGCGCCAUCAACUGUUUCUUCAUCCUGUACUACGUUCUAGAGAUGAGCCUGAAAAUCUUUUCCUUGGGAAUUAACAGCUACCUCUCGUACCCGAGCAACAUUUUCGAUGGGUUUCUAACAAUCAUCUUACUGGUGUUGGAAAUUGCUACCUUUGCCUUAUACAAAUUCCCGCAUCCUGGCUGGAAGCCAGACAUGCAGGGCCUCUUGUCUCUCUGGGAGAUGGUUCGUCUUGUCAACAUGUUUAUUGUUUUCAGAUUUCUGCGAAUCAUCCCAAACAUGAAGGUGAUGGCUCUAGUAGCGGGCACAUUGCUGGAUCUAGUGAAGAAUUUGCGGGCGUUUGCUGGAAUUCUUGUGGUGGUAUACUAUGUUUUUGCAAUCAUUGGUAUUGACUUGUUUAGAGGUGUCUUGCCAAAUCCAAGAAACGUAAGUUCUCCAGCCAAUGAAAACUCCACCAAUGAGACUACACAGUGUGGGACCUUCGAGCAGCUUGAGUAUUGGCCAAACAACUUUGAUGACUUUGCUGCCGCUCUUGUGACGCUGUGGGACGUGAUGGUGGUUAAUAACUGGCAGGUGUUCCUGGAUGCCUUUUCUAGAUACACAAAUCCAUGGUCAAAGCUGUACUUUGUGGCAUGGUGGCUGGUGUCUUCUGUCAUUUGGGUUAACCUCUUUGUGGCUUUGAUUCUAGAGAAUUUUAUCCACAAAUGGGAUCGUAGUUGCAGGCACUCACUUUCUGCAGCCCAACAAGUAGAAUACCACAUGACAGUCCAGCUCAUGUUCAGGGAAGACUUAGAAGAACCAACAGAUGAGGAACUUCUAGACCGAUUACAUCAUCACCCUCACCUUCAUCUGUCCAGAUGACCCACAUUGUGUACAGAUAAGUGAGAUCAGAACUGGAGAUGGGAAGUUAUCACUCUAAGCUGCCAUAACAAAAAACCUCUUGCUGCUUUUAUUGAUGUGAAAGCGAUGACUUUGUG